GAGUAACUCCAUCGAGCUCCUGUUUCUUCAAUGGCUGGGUUUCUGUCGCUCCUCCGUCGCGUAUACCUUACUCUCUACAACUGGACCGUCUUCUUCGGAUGGCUUCAAGUGUUUUACCUUGCUGUGAAGACGGUCAGGGAGUCCGGCCAUGAACAGGUUUACAACGCUGUUGAACGCCCGCUUCAGUUCGCUCAAACCGCUGCUCUCUUGGAGAUAAUUCAUGGUCUAGUGGGUCUGGUUAGAUCUCCGAUCUCAGCAACACUGCCACAGAUAAGUUCGAGGUUGUAUUUGACAUGGGGCAUCUUGUGGAGUUUCCCUCAGACACAGGGUCACGUACUUGUGACCUCCCUGGUGAUCAGCUGGUCCAUCACAGAGAUUAUCCGGUAUUCUUUCUUUGGGAUGAAAGAGUUGCUUGGUUUUGCACCUUCAUGGCUCUUGUGGCUCAGGUAUAGCACCUUUUUGUUGUUGUAUCCAACUGGCAUCACCAGUGAAGUUGGUCUGAUAUAUGUUGCCCUGCCGUACAUUAAGGCAUCUGAAAAGUAUUGUAUAAGGAUGCCAAACAAAUGGAACUUCUCUUUCGAUUACUUCUAUAUGGCAAUCGUGGUCCUUGCAACCUAUGUCCCAGGCAGUCCUCACAUGUACAGCUAUAUGCUUGGGCAGAGGAAGAAGGCUCUCUCCAAAUCCAAGAAAGAGUAGAAUGGCAGCAAUGUUCUUUAAUUUUAUUCUCAAUGUAUUUCUGAACUCUUUGGGUGGCAAAUAUAAUUCUAUUGUUAAAA